AUGGCUCUCCUGCGCCCUCUGCUGACCGCCUUGGCGCUGCUCACCUGCCGCCCUGGAGGCUCUCUGGGCUGUGCCCUGCCUGGGAGCCACGCGCAGGUUAGCAGGGACAACUUGGUGCUCCUGGGCCAGAUGCGGAGACUGUCCCCUUUCUUGUGCCUGCGGGCCAGAAAAGACUUCCGCUUCCCCCGGGAGAUGCUGGAGGGCGGCCAGCUCCGGGAGGCCCAGGCCGCCGCCGCCGUCCUGCGGGAGCUGCUCCAGCAGACCUUCAACCUGUUGCACACGGAGCGCUCCUCGGCGGCCUGGAGCCCCGCGCCGCUGCACGGACUCCGCUCUGGCCUCCACCGGCAGCUGGAAGCCCUGGACGCCUGCUUGCUGCAGGCCACGGGCGAGGGAGAGCGCGCCCCGGGGAUGCACGGCCCUGCCCUGGCCAUCAAGAGGUACUUCCAGGACAUCCGCGUCUACCUGGAGGACGAGGGAUACAGUGACUGCGCCUGGGAAAUUGUCAGGCUGGAAAUCAUGAGAGCCUUGUCCUCCUCGGCGACCUUGCAAGACAGCUUGGCCAUCAAGGAUGGAGACCUGGGGUCACCUUGAAGUGAUUCUCACUGCCUGACGUGCCACAUCACCCCUGCACUAUGCCUGCUCACUUCAAGAGACUCAUUCCUGCUUUAGUAGAGAAUUCAUUGAAUUUAACUCAACAAAUAUUUUGUGAAUAGUAUGAAG